GCCACUCUGCGACAACAAUCGCACCAAGAAAAAACAAUGAUGGACCCUGAGGAAGGCCAACCCGAAGAUCUCUCAUCACUAGGCUUCACCUCCUUCGGCUCUAAAAAUAAACGUCCGAAACAUCACCACCCCAAUAGAAGCAGCAGCAACUCAAUCCCCAUCCCGCCCCCACCUGGGGCAGCGCAGGUAACUACCUUUGCGGGAACUGUGGGGGGAGUCGGAUCUCUGCCGAAAAAGCCAGAGUUUACGCCUUACAUCGCGCCAGCGUUCACGCCGCGUGUUCCACCGAAGUUUGCGGGUGGUGGGGGGAAUAUCGGAGGAAGGGCGAAGGGCGGUGGUGGGGAUGAGGUAUGUUUUCACGUCGUCUAUUACCUACCUAUAGGGAGGGAAGGGGAGGGAAUCGAUGGUUGAUUCGACCCGGGAUGGGGUGUGGGGGGGUAGUUGUAUAGUCCUCGGUUCGUGGAAAAUCCUUGGAGGGCGUUGGAAGCGAAGUUUGGGAUUCGCGCGGAGUGGGUUGAUAUGGAGAAAGUUGAGGAUGGUGAAGAAGGGGUGGAAGCUCAAGGCGGAGGGGGGGGCGAGGUGGGAGAGAGGAUGACUGGUUCGGGAGAGGGGGUCGAAGUUCACAUGCAGGAGGAAGCUGAUGGGUUGGACGAGCGUGGGCAGAGUUGAUGCGUGCUCGGGUUUGAUAUGAUUAAACACAUGUCCGGAAGUCACCUUGGCAUAAUUUUAUGGAUUUUUUUUUCCCCCUCCUUUUUGCGGAAUAUACGGGGUGUGUAUCCAGUGGCUAAUGCCAUCGGACGACAAUACAAUACAUUUUCGCCAGAUGUGCUCUACUGGGCUUACGUAGCUCUCAAGGUCGCAGCAUUUCGCUAAAGGGAGAUACAGGUAUCGGGUAUCACAGAAUAAAAGCUAGACCAAAUCUUCCCC